GUCUCCCCGCCCCCGGCCCGCACCGCACGCCCAUCCCGCAGCAUGGCGGGCGCGGGGGGUCCGGGGGGGUCCGCGCCUCCUUGGUAUCACCGGGAUUUGAGUCGGGCGGCCGCCGAGGAACUGCUGGCGAGGGCGGGGAGGGACGGAGGCUUCCUGGUGCGGGACAGCGAGAGCGUGCCUGGGGCCUAUGCGUUGUGUCUGCUGUUCCAGAAGCACGUCCACACCUACCGCAUCCUGCCUGAUGAGGAGGACUUCUUGGCAGUGCAGACAUCACAGGGCGUGCAGGUGAGGCGCUUCAAGACGCUGAGCGAGCUGAUCUCGCUGUACCUGCAGCCCAACCAAGGGCUGGUGUGCACCCUGCUCUUCCCAGUCGAGAGGGAGAAGGAGAAGGAGAGCACGGAGGACAGGGAUUACUCGGAUGGUGAGGAUGAGAAGCCUCCUCUCCCUCCACGUUCCAGCACCAGCAGCUUCUCAGGGUCCUCCGUGGGGCUCAGCCCCAGCAGCCCAGGGCCAGCAGCAGCCGAUGGGGCAGCGGAGAGCACCAACGGCCUGGCCAGCAUCUCCCACGAGUACCUGAAAGGCAGCUAUGCACUGGACCUGGAGGCUGUGAAAGCGGGGGCCAGCAGCCUGCCCCACCUCCACAGGACCCUCGUCACCUCCUGCAAGCGGCUGCACAGUGAGGUGGACAAGGUGCUGGCAGGGCUGGAGAUCCUCUCCAAGGUGUUUGACCAGCAGAGUUCUCCCAUGGUGUCCAAGAUCCUCCAGCAGACGGCGCUGCAGAGCGGGGAGCAGGAGCUGGAGAGCCUGGUGCUGAAACUGUCUGUGCUGAAGGAUUUCCUCUCCAGCAUCGAGAAGAAGGCACUGAAAGCACUACAGGAGAUGAGCUCAGCCAGCCCGGCUGUGCCGGCACAGCCCGUAUCCCGCAAAGCCAAAAGCAUCCCCGUGCAAACCUUCGAGGUGAAGCUGGACGUCACCCUGGGGGACCUGACCAAGAUUGGCAAGUCGCAGAAAUACACGCUGAGCGUGGAUGUGGAGGGCGGCAAGCUGGUGGUGCUGAAGAAGCAGAGGGACGCCCAGGAGGACUGGAACACCUUCACCUACGAUAAAAUCCGGCAGCUGAUCAAAUCUCAGCGUGUGCAGAACAAACUGGGCAUCGUCUUUGAGAAGGAGAAGGACCGGACACAGCGCAAGGACUUCGUCUUCGUCAGCGCCAGGAAGAGGGAGGCGUUCUGCCAGCUGCUGCAGCUGAUGAAGAACAAGCACUCGCAGCAGGACGAGCCAGACAUGAUCUCCAUCUUCAUCGGCACCUGGAACAUGGGCAGCGUGCCCCCACCCAAGAGCAUCACGUCGUGGUUCACAUCCAAGGGGCUGGGCAAGGCGCUGGACGAGGUGACAGCCAGCAUCCCACACGACAUCUACGUCUUUGGCACCCAGGAGAAUUCGGUGGGAGAUAAGGAGUGGGUGGAUUUCCUGCGUGCUGUGCUCAGGGACUUCACCGACACCGAGUACCGCCCGGUGGCCAUGCAGUCGCUGUGGAACAUCAAGGUGGUGGUGUUGGUGAAACCAGAGCACGAGAAUCGCAUCAGCCACGUCAGCACGUCCAGCGUGAAGACCGGCAUCGCCAACACGCUGGGUAGGGCUGGGCAGGGGGGCCUCCUGUCCUCAUCCUUCUGUGCCUCUUGUGUCCCCAUCCCGUCCCCAUUCUCCUGUCCCCAUCGUGUCCCUGGCACGUCUCUUUGUCCCCAUUCUAUCCCCGUUCCCACCCCCUGUCCCCUAUCCCCAUUCCUGUCCCCAUUCCUGUUCCCUCCUGGCCCCAUCCCAUUCCCAUCUCCUAUUGGGGGCAGGUUUGGGGCAGGUUGGUUACAAGUCGGGGGCAGGUUGGGGACAGGUUUAGGGCAGGUUGGGGACAGGUUGGGUACUGGUGGAGGAUGGAUUGGGGCAGGUUGUGGGACAGCUCUGUGUGCUGCAGGCUGCACUGAUGACAUCACGACCAGCGACCACUCGCCCGUCUUCGGCUCCUUCGAGGUCGGCGUCACGUCCCAGUUCGUCUCCAAGAAAGGGCUGUCCAAGUCAUCGGAUCAGGCGUACAUUGAGUUUGAGAGCAUCGAGGCCAUCGUGAAGACGGCGAGCCGCACCAAGUUCUUCAUCGAGUUCUACUCCACCUGCCUGGAGGAAUUCAAGAAGAGCAGUGAGAACGACACGCAGAGCAGCGACAACAUCAACUUCCUCAAGGUGCAGUGGUCGUCGCGGCAGCUGCCCACGCUGAAGCCCAUCCUCUCUGAGAUCGAAUACCUGCAGGACCAACACCUGCUGCUCACCGUCAAGUCCCUGGAUGGCUACGAGUCCUAUGGGGAAUGUGUCAUCGCCCUCAAGUCCAUGAUUGGCAGCACAGCUCAGCAGUUCCUCACUUACCUCUCACACCGUGGCGAGGAGACGGGCAACAUCCGUGGCUCCAUGAAGGUGCGCGUGCCUGCGGAGCGCCUGGGCACCCGUGAGAGGCUCUAUGAGUGGAUCAGUGUCGAUAAGGACGAGGCGGCGGGCGGCAAAGGCAGAGCCCAGCUGAGCUCCAGAGCCCCCCAGGAGUGUGCCAAGUCCAUGGUUCGGAAGCCCCCCGGGGCCGAUCCUCCCACCUCCCCCCCAUCCAAAGCCCCCGAGGAACCCGAGAAGGACAGCACAGCUCCACCCCCCCGCCUGCCCACCCCACACCGUGGCACCUCCAGGGAUGAGGCCGCCCUGAGCCGCUCCAAAGCGGAACCGGUGACGGAAUCUCCGGGGGGGCCUUUGAAGAACAGCUUCAAUAACCCUGCAUACUACGUGCUGGAAGGGGUCCCUCACCAAUUGCUGGCCCCCGACCCCCCCCCCGGCAAACCCCCAGUCCCUAAAAACAAAGCUGUGCCCCCCGAACGCCGCCGCCAUCCCUCUGCAGGCCCCCCCCCUCCGUGCCACGAGGACACCUCCUCGGAUGAGGACCCCAACCCAGUCGCUUUACCCCCCCCAGACUUUCCCCCUCCUCCUCUGCCCCGUGAACUGGAGGGGGCCGAGACCACCAGGGAGCUGUUGGGGGGGGUCGGUUGUGAACCCCCCCCACCCAAACCUCACCCCAGACCUUCAAUACCCACCUUUGGGUUGGAAAUAUCCGGGGGGGUCUCGGUACCUGGGGGGGUGAGGGACGACCGUUCGUGUUCUGUGCUUCAGAUGGCCAAAACGUUGAGUGAGGUGGAAUAUGGGGGGGGUGGGGGGGGUCGGGGGGGGUCAGGAGGGAGGGGGAGGUUGGAGCUGCCCCCCCGUUGCCUGCAUCCCGAUUACAGCCGUCCCAUCGCCUUCACAUCCCACUGCAUCCGAGAGAGCAUCCAGGAGGAUCUGGUUGAGGAGGCGCUGUGCCAGGCGGGCCGCGGCGCUGGCGUCAGCGAGUCCAACGUGGGGGAAUGGCUGCGGGGUUUGGGGCUGGAGAGGUACGAGGAGGGGCUGCUGCACAACGGCUGGGACGACCUGGAGUUCCUCAGGUGGGGGGGGGGGGGGGACAAAGGGAUCCCUGUGGGGCUGUAA